AUGGAGAAAAUUUUGAGUCUUGCUAUUAUUCUCGGUCUUGGGUGCAUUGUCCAAAGCCAGCUUAUUCCACAAUCUGGCAUAACCGUAGCCCAAGAUGGAUCCGGUAACUUCACUACAAUCUCUGAUGCUGUUGAUGCUGCACCAACUUAUAGCAAGCAAACAUAUUAUAUCCAAAUUAAAGCAGGAACCUAUGCUGAGUAUAUUAUUGUUGGAGUAAAAAAGACAAAUAUUGCUUUUAUCGGAGAUGGGAUUGGUGCAACAAUUAUCACUGGCAAUAAGAGCAAUGGUACACACUAUAGUACCUAUGAUUCAGCCACAGUAGCAAUCGAUGGAAAUGGGUUUAUAGCGAAGUAUAUAACCUUCCGAAAUUCUGCUGGACCAAGCAAUGGACAAGCUGUAGCAAUGAGGAGCAGUUUCAGCUUAUCUGCAUUCUACAAGUGUAGAUUUGAAGGCUAUCAGGACAUACUUUAUGUCCAUAGAGGUGUCCAAUUUUACAGGGAAUGUGAGAUAUUUGGGACUAUAGAUAUUAUAUUUGGAAAUGCCAAAGUGGUUUUCCAAAAUUGCAGCAUUUUCGUUCAUAAUCCUGGCCAGAGGCAUUCAAAUGUAAUAACAGCACAAGGGAGGGGAACAAGUGAUCAAAUUACUGGGAUUUCCAUCCACAACUGCAAAAUCAUGCCUGCGAAGGACUUCAAUUCCAAUUUAGGGAUAAAGACUUACCUUGGCAGGCCAUGGAGAAAAUUUUCCACCGUUGUUAUAAUGAAAUCCUUCUUAAGUAGUAUAAUAGACCCAGAGGGAUGGCUCAAAUGGAAUAAUGAUACUUCUGCCCUCUCCUCAUUGUAUUAUGGAGAAUAUCACAAUAAGGGUCCUGGAUCUAUCACUGUGAAAAGAGUACGCUGGGAAGGAGUUCAUAAAGCCAUGAAUAUAGUCGAAGCUGAAAAUUUCACAGUGAGAAAUUUCAUCAAUGGUGAAGCGUGGAUACAUCCAACUGGCAUCCCAUUUUCUUUAGAUCUUUAG